GAGAAACCUUGUCCUUUUGUGGCCAUCACUUCAUGGAAGCCGAAUGCCCUCGGAGUGCUCGGCACCUUUGGUUGCCCCAGGUGUCUGGGACAACAGAUGGCACAGACGAGUUGGAAGAGUGGCUCGCUAAUGCGCGGCUGGAGGGUGUCCUGGUGCAGUCUGAGGAGGUGUUGGCAACUGGGCGGCAGCUCGGGGACCAGGCUUUCAGCAGGUUUGUGGCAUCUUUGCUGUCUGCUUCUGUGGAGUUUGCCAGAAGACCACCGCUUGAUGGCUUGCAUACAGGAAUCCGAAUCCAGCACAUUGAUUUGUCAGGCAACUGUCUGACUGACACUGCUGCAGCUGCCUUGGCAGAGUGCUUGGCAUGGAUACGUGAACACUUCGGUGGUCACGUCUUAAGGUCCUUGCACUUGUCCCAGAACCAAAUUGGUCCAGGAGGAGCUGAGGAGCUCGCCUUAAAGUUUUUUCCACUGGACUCCAGUCUUGUGGAGUAUGAUUUGGCUUUAUCUGCAAAUCCGCUGGGCGACGUUGGUGUGACCUUGGUGGCAAGGGCCGUCCAGAGGAGAAACUGCAAUGCAGUUUUGCAUCUGAGUGAUGUAGGAUGCGGAGCGGAGGGUUGUAGAUCAUUGACAGAUUGCCUCCCAGCACUCAAGGGUCUUGAUUUGAGCAAGAACAAUAUUCCUGGAGCGGAACUGCAAGCGCUGGCGGCUAAGCUGCCAGCAACUGCACGGUUUGUGCUGCCUGAAGGCCUGCCCGCUUCCCAGACGAUGGUGGCAACGCAGAUGACGAUGGAAAGGGCUGUGGUGCCAGAGAACAGAAAGGCGGCAGCGGCAGCUAACGCGGUUCCACGGGCUCAGGCUGUCCUAGACCGUGCCCGCCGGGCUUUGGGAAAACCGUCUGAUGCGACACCUGCCCCAGCAGCACCUGGUGCAAGAGGUGCAGGUCAUGACACACACUCCGUCAGCAUUGCCAGCGGAUUGCAGGCUACAAUAGACAAUCAAAUGUUCACACGUUCCAGAGCCCCAGUUGUGUGUCUUGCUCCAGAUGGAGGGAUGCUUCAGAGGCAGCACUCCCCUUCAAGAGUUUCUGCCACAGCGCAGGCAGUUCUUGAUCGUGCGCGCCAUGUACUGCAAAGGCAGGCUGCAACAGGUGUGUUGCCAAGAACUUCCUCCACGGCAUUUCGCAGUGGGGCUUCUGUGGCUCCACCACAAGCAACCAUGGAGGCAGCGCCAAGUCCACAGCUGCCAGAAGGAAACAUGGCUCAGAACGUCACAGAGUUCAGAACACAAGUCCCAUUGGCGGCUGAAACAAAGAAUUCAGAGUUGCCAAAACACGGGGCUCUCGGAACUCUCGGAGCUCUGAGCCAAGAGCAACCGGCAGAAUUGGCAUCAGCCACAUCAAGAUUGGCUUCCGCUACAGCGGCACUUCAACUUCAGCUUGGAGUGGAGAGGCGGCCCAGACAAGCUUCCGAGGGUGAACGACUGGUGCCAGACGAGUGUGAGCCCGACGCUGAGGCCCUCGCUAUGCCAGAGCGCACGGUACGCCUUGAGCGAGAAGUCGCUGAGCUGAGGGAGGAUGUUCGCAGGAUUGAGCACACUGUUUCAUCCCUGCAGAUUGAACCGGAGCAAGAGGACAGGAUUGAAGACAAUGCUGAGUUGCUCUGGUGUGAAGGGUUGACAUCAAAGAUCAAGCCUGAUUGCGAUAUGGAAGAAAAGAUGAAGCAGGAAAAGGAGAACAAUGAAGGCUCAAUUGAGGAGGAUGAUAUUUGCUCAAUGCCAAGCAUUGCCUCUUUGAAAGCAGAGAAGGACUUAAGGGAGUCUGAGAGCCUGCCAAGCAAAAGAGACCUAAGCCCAUUGAAGAGUGAAACAAAACCAUCCAAGGGCCCUCCAAAGGGAAAAGGUAAAGGUCCUCCUUUACCUUCUUCGAGCCCGAAGGCCUCGCCGUCCAGACCAAAAGAUGAGGCGAAUCCGGAGCCCAAAGAAGAGGCUAAAUUGCAAGAUCCAUCAGCUCUGCAGACUCCGCAGGUGGCUGGAAAGGGGAAAGGCAAGGCGAAAGGCGGUCCCAAAGGUGUUCCCAAAGGUGGGCCAAAGGGAACCGGAAAGGGCGGUCCCAAAGGUGGUCCUCCAACAAAGGGAGGAGGACCAGGCCCUCCUCCCAAAGGCGGUCCUCCAAAGGGCCUGGGGCCCGGCCAAGGCCAAGGACCGGCCAAGGCUGAAAGCAAGGCACCAUUUCACAAGAAAUUGUACUGGAAGCAAGUUGACAUUGCAGAUGCUGAAGGGACCAUCUUCAGUGAGGAGAGUAGACGCAGGGCAAACACAUGCAGUGCGAUAGAUUUCAAUGCGCUCUCCAAAAUUCUUGAAGCUGAGAAGACCAAAGGUUCUCAACUUCAGCGUCGCUCUUCUGGCGUUUUGAGCAAGGCUCAGAUGCGCAACAUCGGAACAAAAGUUCUGAGCGACCAUCGAGCUCGCAAUAUUGCAAUCGUUUUAAAGCGAAUGCCAACCAGCACAACUGAACUGGUGCGUGUCCUCAGCAGUUUGCAAUGGGAGGACGAUCGCAUAAGCAGUGAUGACUUGGAGCAGAUUCUAGAAGCGAUUCCAACGCAGGAUGAAGCCAAGAAGCUUCGAGAGCAUAGCUCACCGGAGGCAUGCCAAAAGCUUCGAGAUGUUGAGCAGAUGGUCAUGCCUUUGACCCUGUUGAACCGAGCCUCAGCAAGAGUCAGAGUGCUUUGUAUUGCGCGCAAUGUACGCCUGCAAUUCAAGUCGACCAUGAGAAGCUUAGCCAGAAUUCGGGCUGCCUGUUUGGCAAUCCAGAAGUCUGGUAUGUUGCGUAAUGUCAUGUUGCUUGCGCUCCAGCUCGGCAACUUCAUCAACCACGGGGAUUCGACAAAGGGAGCUAAGGCGAUUGCCAUUGGCUCCCUUUUGGCCCUACGAGACUUUAAGUGCGGAGAGGGCAUUUCGACCUUGCACUUUCUUUGUGCAUCUUUGAUGCGGUCGGGGCAACCCGAUGCUGCCCAAGUCCUUCAGCGCGAGCUACAGCCAGCAGAAAGAAUAGCAAAGAUGCAGGUUCAGGGACUGUCAGCAGGGAUGAAGGCCUUCGAACGUGAUCUCGACAGCAUCAAAUCAGAGUGCCGGAACUAUCUAGAAGAGUAUGAAGGAGGCGGUGAUGAUGCAGUUGAGCCCGCGCUUGAUGAUGAUGCAAAGGAAUUCGGACAGGAGCUGGCAGAGGUCCAAGCAGCGGCUGCCGCCGCGGCCUGCGACAUGCUGGAAAGCCCUAGGAGACGGCAGAAGGAAGACGAAGAUGCUACCCGAUGGGUUGAGGACGUCAUGAAGAUUCGCGGCAGUGCUCAACGCCGGCUUCGGUGCAUGAGGUGUAUCAUUGAGAAGCUUUGCAGCCUGUUGAAAGCUGACAUGGAGUCCACGGCAGAACAGGUCCAUGCGACUUUGCGCUUCUGCGGGGUCCUACUGCCAAAGUCCUCCAAUGAGGUGCCAGUAGACCUGGAGGCACUCCUUUCCAACCUCUCCGAGUUCACAAAGGUGUUCAAAGAGCACUGGGAUGAGGUUAAAAAGAAUAUGUCGCGCUACCAGCAGCUUUUCAGUGACGGUGAAAGCGCAUCAUCCAGCGGCGCCCAGUGAGGCAGUCGCUAUGCUAAUGCAAACUGAGAAACCCGCCGGGAAUACUUCGCAAACCGAUC